GGAGCCGCGAUCGCUUCGCAGCGGCAGCGCCCGGCGGAGGAGCCGUCGGGGGGCACCGAGGGGGUUCUGAGCCGGUACCGAGCCGGUACCGAGGGGUUCCGAGAGGGUGAGCGGGGACGACGGCAGCUCCUGAAGGGAACCCGAGGCUUAAUUCACCCCAGGGAAGAAGGGGGGGGUUGGGUUUUGUGGGGUUGGAAAGGCUGUGGGGUUCGUUCCCCGAUGGGGACAUCUCCGUAAAGGAGUUCGGGGAGGAGGGUGUUGCCCCCUUCCCCCGACGGGGUUGGGACUGCAAAGGGGGUUUGUGGGUCCCCCCCCCCUCCACCCUCGAUCUGAGGUGACUUUGAGGGGGUUUGCCCCCUCGUUUGGGGGAGCUCCCGAAAACGAAGGGGUCUCUAAGGGUUCCCCCCCCUAUUUGGGUGAUUCUGUGAAGGGCUUGAUCCACCCCAUAACUGGGGUUCUCCCCCACCCCCUUAAUUUUGGGGGAUGUCUGUGAGGUUAGGGCAUCUUUUUCAGGGGGUCUCUCGAGUUUGCUGACCCCCUGGUUGGGGUAUCUUUUCAGGGGGGGUCUGUGGGCUUUUUCCCCCCCUUGCUCCCCCUAAUUUGGGGAAGUUCUGCAAGGGGUUCUGCUCCAGCUCAAAGUGAGGUGCAUGAGGGUUUGCAGCAUCAGAGGAGAGGGGUUUUGGGGAGGAGGGGGGUGUCAGCCCCCAGCCAGGCUAUGGGUAUGCUCUGAACCCCUGGAGAGCUAACCAGGAGAAGAAGAGGUCCCCUUUUUGAAGGGGGGACACACACACUGAACCCCAAGAAACCACCACGUGGGGUCAAGAGGGAGCCCCCCCAGCUGUGGGGCCACCCCUCUCAACCUGUGGAUGCUGCCCCCCUGGAGAUGAUGCCCCCUGAGGAAGAGAGCCCAGCUGGUGGUGAGGAGGGGGACAGGGACAGUGGCCUCGUCCUCCUGCAAGCCCUGAAGAGCAGCAGCACCCGGAAGGGCUGUGACCCCUUCGCCCAGACCCAACGCAGCAAAUUGCAGCAUCGCCGGGCACGGAUUAACCAGCAGAUCAACAAGGAGAUGAGGAUGAGAGCAGGGGCAGAAAACCUCUUCAGGGCCACCAGCAACCACAAAGUCAAAGAAACAGUUGCCCUGGAACUGAGUUAUGUGAACUCCAACUUGCAGCUGCUGAAGGAGGAGCUGGAGGAGCUGAACAGCAGUGUGGAUGUCUACCAGAACGAGAGUGAGUCCAUCAGUGUCCCCAUGAUCCCUCUGGGCCUGAAGGAAACGAAGGAGCUGGAUUUGCUGGCACCACUGAAGGAUUUCAUCAGUGAACACUAUGGAGAGGAAGCCAUCUUGUUUGAAAAGGAAAUCAAAGAGUUCAUGGAGCUGAGGCAGGCGAUGCGGACCCCAAGUCGCAACGAGGCUGGGCUGGAGCUCCUGAUGGAAUAUUACAAUCAGCUCUACUUCCUUGACAGCCGUUUUUUCCCUCCCACCAAAAGCCUGGGUGUCUUCUUCCACUGGUAUGACUCCCUGACUGGGGUCCCAUCCCACCAGAGAGCCCUGGCCUUUGAGAAGGGCAGUGUCCUCUUCAACAUUGGAGCCCUACACACCCAGAUUGGGGCACGGCAGGACCGUGCGACCCUACCCGGGCUCAACCAGGCCAUUGAUGCCUUCCAGAAGGCAGCUGGUGCCUUUAACUACUUGAAGGAAAACUUCUCCAAUGCUCCCAGCCUGGAUAUGAGUGCUGCCUCCUUGACCAUGCUGGUGAGGCUGAUGGUUGCCCAGGUCCAGGAGUGUGUUUUUGAGAAGAUGACUUUCCUACGUGCCCAGCAUGACUUCCUCACCCAGCUCCAGCUGGCCCAGGAGGCAGCCAGGGUUGAAGAUGUCUACUCACUGGUCCACCAGACAAUGACCCAGGUCCACGUGAAGGAUUACGUCCCCUUCUCCUGGACCACCAUGGUCCAUGUCAAAUCAGAGCAUUUCAAAGCCCUGUCUCAUUAUUUUGCUGCCAUUGCUCUCUGUGACUGCCCUGUGCCAGCUGAUGCUGAGCUGCUGGACCAUGAGAAGGCUUUUAUCCAGUUCCACAUCACCAUGCCAGAGGGACCAUCCCUUCGUGUCCUGCUGCAGGACCCUGAGGAGAGGAGGAAGUUGGGCAAAGCUCAUCUGAAAAAAGCCAUCAUGAAGCAUGAGGAAGCCAUGAGGCUCCACGGCUUGUGCAAAAUCCUACGGAAGAUGGACAUCCUCCAGGAGGUCCUCUCCUUCGCCCACAAACGCUCCCUGAGCAAAUACUCGGAAAUCGACCACGAGGAGGAUUUCUUUGAAACAGGGGAUGCUCCAGACAUUCACCCCAAAACACACCAGAAACCAGAGAUAAAAUCCCCCAACUUCUCCCAGGUGAAGGUGACCGACCUCUUCCACAGGCUGGGGCCUCUCUCAGUUUUCUCAGCCAAAAACAAGUGGUACCCAUUGAGGAGAGUCCACCUGAUGAGAGGAGAGAAUGGCUUUGGCUUCACACUACGAGGAGACUCCCCUGUCCUCAUUGCUGGGGUCAUUCCAGGAGGCUGUGCUGCUGAAGCUGGGCUGAAGGAGGGAGACUACAUCAUCUCAGUGAAUGGCAGGGACUGCAGGUGGGCCAAGCAUGCUGAGGUGGUGCAGCUGCUGAAGAGCACUGGGGAGGAAGGGGUGGAGAUUGGUGUGAUCACCCUGCAGAGCUCCGAAGGGCAGAAAGCUGUAGACAAGAAGGCAGCAGUGAUGUCCUCUGGCAGUGGGAUGCUGAAGAGCAACAAGGAAAACAGCAGAAAGAGCCUGAUGAACAGCAAGAGUGCCAGCACCCUGCUGGUCUGGAGCAAGAAGAGCAAGAGGAGCAAGAAGAGCACCUAUGGCAUUCCCUUCACCACGGUGGGAGACAACGAGGCCAUGUACUGAAGUAGCCACCAGCCUUGGUCGUGUGGCUCCGUGGGCUCCAGGGCUGGCUGCCCAUCAACCCUUGCAAGCACUGGUGGCCUGAAGAGGUUGUGCUGGGGUGGGGGCUUCAAGGACCACCCCAAAACCUGGGGAUUUGCCACUGGUCAGAGUUUUUUCCGAAGAGGUGACAGAAGGAAUCACAGUGCCGGACUCCUCCACCUCCCAACUUCUGUGUUAAAACAUUCCUCAGCUUAAAAAAAAACAAAAAAACCCAAAACACUGAUGUAUUUUUAAUUUUUCAAUCUUUUUUUUUUCUUUUGGCUCUUAAGGGGGUCGGGGGAAGGGGGGGGGGUGAGCUGUGCUUUGGUAUAAAGCAGGGACUGAUUUGUGUCUUCUGCUCGGUGUGAGGAGCAGCCAAGCAAGCCCCAGCCAUUAAAGCAAAAGCUGUAACCUUCUUUAGUGUCUCCUAGGUUUUCUCUGCAAGGUAGAAGGUGGCCAAGAUCAACUGACAGAACUAAAUUGUUCAGCACUUCCAGCUGGAGGCCCCUUUCUUCUCCCCUUUUUUUUUGGGGCAGGGGAUCACGGAGACGUCGAGGAUUUCUGGUGAUCCCAUCAUGGGGUCCAGCACAGACCCAGACACCAGUGGGCUGUGGAUCUCAGCUGCCAUACCAGUUAGGGAUGUCCCUGUGAAAUGGGCUGAAGUUAGGUUUGACUCUUCUUUUAGUGCUUUUUGAUUUUUUUUUUUUUUUUUUUUUAAUAGACACCCAGCAAAUACAGCCUAGCUGCACAGCCUGGAAGAAAAGGGAAAGAUUUAAUGUCCAUUUGUUGUCUGGCUUUUUUUUUUUUUUUUUUUUUAAUCAGUAGAGGUGGAUUGCCCUAAAUAUGUGAGUAGAUUAAUAGCUAAGAACCUUGUUUUGUUGGGUUGGGUUUUAUUAUUUUUUUUUUUUUCUUGGUAUGAGAUUAAAAUUCCAGGAAGAUAGCUCUUCCAGAUUAUUAAACUACUAAAUUUGUGCUAGUAUUGGAUCUUGCACACGUUGCUAAUACCCUAACACUGUGCUGUCAGCAUUUGUACCAGAACUGGGCUGAUGGAUACAUACAUCUUGGUAAUUGUACUGAAGAUGCUGGGAGACUCUGAAUACGUUCUUAGAUAUAUUGGUGAAAUUUUCUCAAUCCCAUUUCUGCUUCGUGCAUUAUUAUUAUUAUUUUUUUUUUCUGAAGAGCUGUCUGGUCUUCAGUGCUCGGAUGAUCUUGGGUAGGUAGAAAACACCCUUCAGAAAUGCAACUGAAGCUUUUUGUACUUUCCCAAGUCGUGAUGAAUUUGUAGCAGGAGUUGAACGGAGCCAACGAGCACUGGCAGACUUGUUAGAGCAUCCCCCCUGCCCACCUUGACUACUUCUAGGUGGCCCAAUGCCCACGUGCCAAGCUUUCAGCCCUUUUUUUGUUUUGUUUUUUAAUUCAGGAGGGUUUUUUAACCCUGCUUCAUUGCCCAAGAUGCUUCUCCAUAGACUGAGCCAUCAUCAGACCAGCUUACGAAUCUGUCUGCCACCUUGAGACCAUCUGGUGUAGAUUCUCUACAUAAUCUCCCCAGCUGCUUGGUGGGAAAAGAAGGGGGUAGGUUGACACCAAAGGCCACCUUGAUGUUAAAAGCAUCCUAGCAACAUUUUUUCCCCACACCCCCAUCUUAAAUGUGUUGCCAACACAGACGUGGAUGGAUUUAUGUAGAGGAAACGUGUAGAAGCAGUGAGCCCCCUGCAUCACCCAACUCCUCUGCUGAUGCUGGUGGAGGGGUUGUGUCUGGUGCAAGCUGAAGAACUUCCAUACCACCACUGGGGUUGAGUUUGGGCUCUGUUUUGUACGUGGACUCUCCCCUUUUCUGGAUUAAAAAGCACUGAUUGAAAACCA